AUGGGACAGACAUCAUCACUGCCAAACAGAAGACAUGAAGUUGUUUUACAGGGCACUGAAGGACCGGGGGCAUUGCAGAGUAGCCAUCAUUACAAUAUGGGUGCAGAGGUGUCAACAUCAGGGGAAAAUAGCAAUCACAGGGAAAGAAGUGAUGGAGAAGGAACGGGGACGAGUGUAUCAAGGGUAGGAAGGUUUCGGCGGCAUUUGACGGCGUUUUCUCGGCUGAGUGGUCUUUCACCGAACAGACAUCAUACAACAUCGGUUUCAAGGGUCCCGUAUUCAAUGGGUACAAGAAGGAGAUCGAUGUUUGGGACAUCAGUUUUACGGAGGAACACGGUUUUUGAGUUACCACAAACGCAUUUUUCAGUAUCACCAAAUCAACUCACGACAACAGAGCAUUUAGAUUUGCAUGCAUUAAAUAGAAAUGGAUAUACUUUUUCAGUUAGGGAUUUUCCUUUGAUUGAUGUGCCUGGAGGGGAGAAUUUUAUUCCAGAGAGGCCAAUAAUGGAUUUGCCGGCGAAUACUGAACGCCCGCUUUUUAGAGGGAUUAUUCGGCGAUCACAGCGUAACAACACGCUAUCUAGAAAUACAAGAAGGGCGCUUGAGAUAUCGGGGCGUAUAAGGACAAAUAAUGAUGCUAUUAUACAGCAUUCGUUUAACGGAGGAGGACUUAACGCGAUUUCUCUUCGUCCAGGAGAGGAUCAGGCUGCUAUGCUUUCUCGUUUGUUAUCAGUGGCUGCGGCGGCUACAGCAGCAUCUCUCGUUGGAAACAAUGAACAAGCUAUUGCAGAGGCGCACGAUAUUGCUUUAUCACAGAAUCCUACAGAUGAUAGAGAUUCACAUAUCGUUGAUGGAAGUUUUGAAAGUUUUUUAAGAGCAUUACAAAAUGGACGACUUGCAGCGGCAUUGAGGAAUGGUGGAAGUGAAAAUGGAGGUGGUAUACCGAAUGAAGAGAAUGCAUCCGUUCAGCCUCUUAAUUUUUUCCGUAUGUUUCGUUUUGGGAAUUCACAAGGAAACACUCAACAAGGGGAAGACGAUUUGCAAAAUCCAAGACUUGUGCCUAUAAUUAUUGUUGGGAUUAGGUCAGUGCCUCCGCGGGAUAUUGCAGACCCUAAUACGCAACAUACAUCUCCCUUUUUUGACACUCUUGCAAAUCUAUCAGUUAAUAUGCCUCUUAAUUAUGAAACAUCCUAUCAUAGAAAUAAUGAGAGUCGAGAACAAAGUGAUCAAAGUUUUUUCCCACCAGGGCCAUCUACUCAUUCAAUUCCAGUCUCAGAAAGACUUGGCUAUAGUUCUGCAAAUUUUAUGAAUGAAAAUAUACCUGGCAGUGAAGUGCCAAGUGGUCAUUUAAAUAUAAUGCGGCCUCUUUCGGUUCCUUCGGUUUCAUCGGUUCCUGUUUCCGCUUCUCAAAAUUCAAGAUCAACUGCUCAAACUACACAACAAUUUAACAUAAAUACGCAAACACCAUCACACCCAAGAACACCUAAUGUACAACGUCGCAGUCCUUCUUACCUUGAAAAUUUAUUUACUCAAAGAUCUCAAAGUGCUAAUGAACACGUUCCCGAAAAUAGGAAUUCAGUUGAUAAUAAUGUUUCUGAUCUUAAUAAUAAUGCCACAGGAAGAACUACCAAUCAUAAUGCCGAUAGAACUAGUAAUAGCGGGUCUAGUAGAACUGGAAGCAGUGAUGCUAAUAUAUCAGGAAAUAACAACACUGAUAAUCGACAUAACUCAACUAGGUCUUGGAUUAUAUAUGUUCUUGGUGGCUCUUAUCCAGAAGAUCACCCAAUUCUUACUACUCCUAGUUUAUUUACUGAUUCACCUACAUAUGAAGACAUGCUAUUAUUAUCAUCCCUAAUUGGGCCAGCUAAGUCUCCCGUUGCUACAAAGGACGAAAUAGAGUCAGCAGGUGGUUUACAUGUGUUAUCGGUUAACUCAUCGGCUGCCGAUAUUUAUCUUGAUGAGAGAUGUGUUAUAUGUUUGAAUAAUUACCAAAUUGGAGAAGAAUGCCGUGAACUUAAUAAAUGCAAACAUUUUUUUCACAAAGCUUGUAUUGAUGAAUGGUUAAUGACUGGUCGUAAUACAUGUCCCACAUGCAGGGCAGAGGGCGUGAAUUCACGAAAAAACGAGUCGUCUACAUCCAACAUUUCAACUGAAGGAACGAACACAAACAUAUCUAUGACUGAUAUUUGA